AUGCCCUGGGGAGAGCCCGCCCGCAAUAUCCUCAUAAUUGGCGCCACGGGCAUCAUAGGGACCUACAUCACAAGAGCGAUCGUAGACUCGCAACAUCUGUUCGACCGGAUAUGCGUCUUGACCAGUGAGAAGACGGUGGUAGAGAAGGUGCAGGACAUCUGUGCUCUGGAGUCCUGGGGAGUAGAGGUCUUUGUGGCACGGCUCGAUGACGAGGACAAAGUCAAGGAGGCUUACAAAGGCAAAGGAGGUGUUGAGAAACAAAUACCCCUGAUUACAUGGGCUGAAGAAGCUGGCGUACGGCGCUUCUUCCCCUCGGAAUAUGGCACAGACAUCGAAUAUUGGCCCGAGUCUGUACACGAGCCUCCUCACAUGGCCAAGUUGAAGGUCAGAGCACACAUGAAGACGAUGAAGAGGCUAGAGCACACAUACCUAGUGACGGGCCCGUACAGCGAUCUAUACUUUGGUCCAAUGAAGGGCAGGCCCGAAUUAGGCAGUUUUGAUGUUUCUCUCAAACGGGCCGUCUUACUCGGAGAUGGAGAUGGCCCGGUCAGCUUUACCGCCAUGAUUGACGUGGGCAGGUUCCUCGUGGCCGCACUACUAAAUGGUAAUGCGUCGCGCAACACCACUUUGAUAGUUCAUUCGUUCACCGCGACUCCCCAUGAUAUCGUGGCCGAGUAUGAGGAGCAGACAGGCUGUACAUGGGAGAAACAAUAUACGACUCUGGAGCGGCUGAAAGAGAUAGAAAAGGAGGAGUAUCAGAUCUACUCACCCCUCGCCACAGUUGCCACGUUACGGCGGAUAUGGACAGCUGGUGGCACAUUGUACAAAUACUACGACGACAGCAUCCUCGGCAGCAUCGACAGCGAGAAUUUGUGCAGCCAGGUCACGGCUAACAUCAUGAAACAAGAAGAAGGCGACCAUCCUUUCCCCAGUCUGCUGAGAAAACUCAGUCUGGUAUAG